AUGUCAAGUGGUAAACCGUUCAAGCUUCCCUUUGAAGUUUCCAAACGAAACCUUUGGUCUAACGUCGCGAUAAACUCUGCGUUCGGUCUAGGUAUAUAUUUCCUAUACAAGGACUACACGAGUAGCGGUCACAAGCCAAUAAGUGAACGGGCAACCAGAACCGUGAACCAAGAGCUUCCUGACCCUAUCACACAGACACCCAUUAAUGUCCAAGGACCCUUUGCACGUAGAAACAUCUCCUACAGAGAACUAUCAUUUGCUACUGUAGGGUACGGAUUCGUAAUGCAACUGGCCAAUAUGGCGCACGUGACGUACGGCAGAAACUCAUUGUUCUACAAAGCAGGUCUAGCGUCAGUAUUCUUAUAUCCACCUCUACUGUACUAUUUGUACAAGGCUCGAGAGCCAAUUCAGUAG